UGUAGAAACCCUAUCUCUCGAUUCUGUUCUCCACCGCCCCAUUCUUGUCCUCUCAUUCCUUCUUUCUUCCUCUUUCUUACAUUUGUUUUCUUCUUCCUCUCGAUCUUUAUUUCCUGUAGUAUAUAUGCAGAUCGAUACAGAGCAAAGCUAAUAAAACUUUCUAUAAGUUGGAUCUGCUGCCCGAGCUUGAUAGUUACUUAGAAAUUAAUCACAUAAUAGACUAAUCAUCGAUACUAAUAAACUGGUCGAUACAGUGGAUCGGAAACAUGGGAAGAGGCCACUUCCUUCGAAUGAAUCGGAGAAGAAAGAGGAGGAGGUGGAGUAUCAUCGAAAUAUCUUCCCGGUUUACUCAAGUAGAUCUCAACAGGAUAAUUCUGCCAUGGUAUCAGCUCUAUCUCAGGUGAUUGCAAACACUCAUGAACAAAACCCGCUUCAACUUGAUCAUCAAGUUCAUGGUAUCCCACUAAUAAUUUCAGCAGAUAAUCAAGUUGAGCAAUCUAAACCUACAGUAGUUCUUCAAGCUCAAGGGAAUAUGAGACAACACUAUAGGGGAGUGAGGCGGAGGCCAUGGGGGAAGUGGGCAGCCGAGAUUCGUGAUCCGCAGAAGGCAGCUCGAGUGUGGCUCGGGACUUUCGAAUCAGCAGAGGCUGCAGCACUUGCUUACGACGAAGCAGCUCUCAGGUUCAAAGGAAGCAAGGCUAAGCUUAACUUCCCCGAAAGAGUUCAAGGGAUCAGCCCUAGUACUUCAAGUGGUCGCUACCUUGCAAUAAGUAGUACCGAUCAUGAUCAGCGAGUAGACAAUUCAGCUCCUCCAGCUGCGCCGAUUUCUCAACCAACAACCUAUAGUAUUCCAAAUGAUAUUAAUUUUGAUUAUGAUGCACAACAUCUUGGGAGUAGUACUACAAGUAACAGAAAUGUGGAUUUCGGUGUAUCAUCAUCUCAAAACUACGGACAAGAAAGAAUUAUGCCGGAGAUUAAUGUACCAACGACUUCUUCUUCUACAUCCUCGGACUCUUCCAUGCCAUCUCAUCAUCAAGAAGUACGACUACAGCAGCAAGGAGAUCAGCAGCAACUCUUAAGGUUUCCGAUGAUGCCCCUUGGCGGUUCAUCUUCGAGCUCAUCAGAUCCUCCUGCUAAGUACAGGAGAGACUCCUCUGGGAGCGGUGACUUUAGAAGAUGAUAGUGAAUAUGCACCAUGAUACUAUAUAAGGAUCAAGGAUUGUAAAACUAUAUCAUAAAUGAGUACGAGUAUCUGUUUCUUUA